UGCUAUCAUCAGUUUUCUCUCUGGCUGAACCCAGCCAAUUAUUGAAUAUACCUAUGUAUACAUAUCAUAUACAUAUAUAAGUUUUGAAGGUUAGGUUACAAGAAAUAUUGUUAUGGAUGAUAAAAAAGAAGAAAAUAUACCUGAUAAGGCACAAGAAUUGGCAAAAUCUGCUGUCUUGACGCCUAGUACUUCUCUUCCAGCUGGUACAGUAACAGUAAAGGGUUACGAUUUCAAUAAAGGACUUGAUUAUCAUGAAUUAUUUAAAAAUAUGUUACAUUGUGGCUUUCAAGCAACAAAUUUUGCACUAGCAGUCGAAGAAAUAAAUAAAAUGCUACAACAAAGGCAUAUACCUCUUGCAGAAGAUCAAAUAGACACAGUAGAAGAUGAUGAAUUUAUACAACGAAAGUCUCAAUGUACAAUAUUUCUAGGAUAUACAUCAAACAUGGUAUCCAGUGGUGUGAGAGAAAUUAUACGAUUUCUUGUGCAACAUAAAUUUGUAGAUUGCAUUGUUACUACAGCUGGUGGAAUAGAGGAAGAUUUCAUAAAAUGUAUGGCACCCACAUACAUUGGAAGUUUCUAUGUAAAUGACAGACAACUCAGGGAAAAUGGACUUAAUAGGACAGGAAAUUUAAUAGUGCCAAAUGAUAAUUAUUGUUUGUUUGAAGAUUGGGUGAUGCCAAAAUUAGACACAAUGGUUACCGAACAGAAGGAGAAAGGAACUUUGUGGACACCAUCUAAAAUGAUAACGAGAUUAGGUGAGGAAAUCAAUCACGAAGAUUCAAUUUACUACUGGGCUGCGAAAAAUAAGAUUCCAGUAUUUUGUCCAGCCUUAACUGAUGGCAGCCUUGGUGACAUGAUGUUCUUUCAUUCGUACAAAAAUCCAGGACUUGUACUAGAUAUAGUUGCGGAUUUGAAGAGAUUGAAUAGAAUAGCUAUGAAGGCACUGAAGAGUGGCAUAAUAAUCGUCGGAAGUGGUGUGAUAAAGCAUCACAUUUGCAACGCUAACCUCAUGAGAAACGGUGCAGAUUACGCUGUUUUCAUCAAUACUUCGUCAGAAUUUGACGGCAGCGACAGCGGUGCUCGACCUGAAGAAGCAAUUUCCUGGGGAAAAAUUCGGAAAGACGCCGCACCUGUUAAAGUAUGCGCUGACGCUACUCUAAUAUUUCCAUUAUUGGUGGGAGAAACUUUUGGAAGAUACUACCAUUAUUCGGAAAACACCAAAAGUAAAUCUAGCACUGCACUUGAUUCAAACGGGGAGACAAAAUAAGGUAAAUAUAAUAUGAAGACUACAAGGGAAGUACUUGAUAAGUCACAUUUUCGUAAUUUUAGAAGAGAACGAUUUUAAAGUUUGAAACGUGUAUGUAUUUCUGUUACACGUUUUAUAAAAAUGGUUUAUAAAAUUUAAAUAUCUCAGAAUCUAUCAAGAAUUUUCCUUUCUCGUUCUUUUUGGAUAAUUAAAACUCCAUUUUAACUAUCAAAUAACAUCAAAAACACAAUCAAAAAGAUUGACUUAUCAAGUUCUUUCUUCUCUUGUGGUCUUCAUAUGUAAUA